GAUUAAUUGUAUUCGAUUACAAAGUCCAUAACAUCAAAACAUUAGUUAUUUGCAAUUAGUUAAACAAUUUGUUGUAGAGCAAUUAGCGUGCAAAUAUGUAUUUUCAGUGCAUACCGCUGUAUUAGUUAAUAAUAUAACAGUUUGCUUUCAGCGCAUGUUCAUUGAGGGAAAGACAGACACCAUUUUGAUUUGUAAGUGGCGAUACCUGUCCAAGAUUACCCAAAACAAUAACAUAUCAUUUUGCUGACUAAGAAGCGAAAGCUGAAGCCGAUCGCUGAUUGCGAAAAGAACAGAAACGCUGUUCAGCCAUGACCGAAACUGAAGGGACGGGGACGGGUGUGGUGACUGCAGCAGCUGGCGCUCGAUUCAUGCCACCUGAGGAGUUGGCUAUGCAAUCGCUUAUCAAACAGCUAUACAAAUCUCGACUAUUUCGAGGCAUUUACCUUGCGCGUUGCUUUGUAGAGCAGCUUGGUGGCUAUCGCGAUGUUAUAGUCCUACAGCGCAGCGAACGUGAUCUGGAAAAGCUGCUGCUAUCCAGCACAGACAAACUACAAUUGUUUUAUCAACGCUUUGUGCCCAACAUGUGGGUUGGCAUUACCAAAGGCAGCGUGGGCAGCUACAAGCACAUUCCACAUCCUGCACAGUUGGACACAUGCAUUUGGACCGAGCUCACUGAUUUGGCUUUCGCUGAAUACUGGUUUAGUAUUAAGACACUGCGGUUUCGAAGUCAGGAAGUUCAGAUCAAAUUGAAAAUGGUUCGCGCUGUUGAAGCCGACCCUAUGCCAACACCACGACCCUCACUAAUGAAAAGUAGCCCAAGCAGAGCCCUCACCUCUAGCGAUAGCACCAAAUUGGGUGUUGAUGACGAACGACAACCACCGCCAAUCGGCUUGGCUGAUUUUCUGGAUGUCCUACAGCAGUGGCGUCAGUCAGUUGUAACGACCACGUACGAGUUUAUGGCCAAUGAUGUGAAUAAGCGCAAUAUAAUGGGAGCUAUACGCUUUCUGGGCCUGCUCAUAUUUUCCAUAAUAAGCGGUGCUGCAGUUGCACUUCGUUUUAUGGGCAUAUUUGCGGUGCGAUUUCUUUUUGAGCUCAGUCGCUUCACACACACCGCCACCCCAAUCGUCUUCAAGCUGAUCGAGUUUGUCAACAAAAUAGUAGGCGCAACCUUCGUAUUAAUAGCGAUGAUAUGGAAGGAUUUGUUUGUAAAUCGUGGUGGCUCUGCCCCUCGACAGCCACUCGAAGCAAACAAUCAAUUCAAGAGCAUUACGUAUGAGAAGUCCGAACAGCACCAUCGCAGUCCGCGUUAUGUAUCGUCUCAUUAUCGGUAAUACUAUUUGAAUUAUCUUAUCUCUAUAUCUUGGCUGUCGAAAUUGUUAGGUUGCAUCUGCAUUUAGUCACCGGGUUAAGGGGUUUCGGGGCAUUGGUUUCCCUCUCAAUUUGUGUUACUAGCAUUAAAAUAUAAACAGCACUCAGUCCUUCGGAUUUCGUAGAUGUUUGCACAGCAAACAUUCAAAAACAGAGAUUUUGAUAUUUUAAAUUUUUUAUUGGUCAACUAUUUAUAUUAUUUUAAAC